CGCACCAGCCUCACACCACAGCCAGUUGCACCCACGUAUAAAGAACUUACAAUCUCCAUAAGAUGAGGCUCCUGAACUCACCACAGGCAUCAUGGCAUCCUCCUUGACCUUCGAUAGCCUUACCGAGGUCUUCAAUGGCCGACGGCUCGCAGAAAUCUUCCGUUCCCAUCGAACCGCGAUCCUCUCCACGCUCGGCGUCGCCGUCGCGCUACCGGUCGCUAUCAACGACUACCGCACCUAUAUUUCAUAUGGGCCGGGCGGUCUACCCUAUAACGUCGGCGGCUGGCUGGCAGCGCACCUUCUACGCGUCUUCUCCCGCGAGCAGCUCUCAACCGUCCCGUACGACAACAAACAGCUGCUUCUCGCCGACGAACCAGGCUUCCUGCCUUCUGAUUUCCCGCCCAAACGAAGCUCGUCGCGGCCGAGAAUCGGGCCGCAUCCUGUCCCACAGCGACAGCUCGAACAACUGCCCUCGGACGAGGUGCGGCAGAAGCUCAUUCGCCGCUUUGCAGAGUUGGGGGAGAGGGCACAACAGAUGGGGCUGGUAGACGUCAAGCGGAGUUUGUACGAGCGCCAGCAUGUUGCGCUCUUCGUUGCUGCGACGCGCGAAUGGCAUGGCGUGGCCCGGGAGACGCGCGGCGAGAUCUCGCACGUACACGCCGGGCUUGAUGGGAGCAUUCACGUCGUCCUACACCCGGCCGACUGCAAGAAGGUCAUUGAGCGCGGGUGGGGACAGCGACACGCCUUCUCGGGCGCCGCCGUCUUGAGGAAGCUCUUCGGCUUCAGCCUGCCGGUCAACUACGUGCUGGUAUAUGCCCCACGGGACGAGGCGGAAGUCGACGUCACCCUGAGCAUCGUCACGGCCUCCAUCCAGUUCAUGACAGGCACGCGCGCCGCAUUGGAGUAGCAUCUAGGCAUUUGGAGAGCCUGGCGCCCGGUACAUGGGCAGUUCUUGUGUUCGCGACCGUCGCUGCUGACUCGUGGUCUGUGGGGCGAUGCUGGGACGAGUGCUCUUGCGGGGUAGCUCGUGCCUCUCUCCACAACCGGUGGCUGCCCUAAGCCCCUUGGCGGUUGGGGUACCUGGGCGCUUUUCUCACGCUGCUCCGUCGCUGACCUGCGUCUUCCUGUCGUCCAUAGACUGCUGGCUGUAUACAGUACGCAGUGCCGCAAUCAAUGUCGU